AUGAUUAUAUAUUCCAAUCGUGGUGAAUGUUGUUGGGCUUUUACAGCUGUGACAGCUGUAGAAGGUAUUGUUAAAAUCAAAAUAGGUGAUUUGAUUUCAUUGUCAGAGCAACAACUGGUUGAUUGUGAUAAGCAAAGCCACGGGUGUAAAGGUGGUUCUAUUGACUCUGCCUUUGAAUCUAUAGUAAACGAUCAAGGAAUUCUUCGAGAAACUGAUUAUCCUUAUAAAGGAGUUGAUCAAACUUGCCAACUAAAUGGUCAAGUACAAGUCGGAGCUCAAAUAAAUAGUUAUGCAACCGUAACUCCCAAUGAUGAACAACAACUACUACAAGUUGUGGCGCAACAGCCAGUAUCAACUGCAAUCUCUAUAGGUGAUGAAUUUAAGAAAUACAUGCAUGGGGUUUAUUCAGGAUUGUGUGGAACCGAUUUGAACCAUACAGUUACAAUAGUUGGUUAUGGAAUAAGUGAAGAAGGGAUGAAGUAUUGGAUGGUUAAGAAAUCUUGGGGUGAAAACUAG